AUGACUUCUGUGGCAAGUUUGUUGACGAACUAUGACUUGCAACAGGGUGUUUCACUGCCGGGAACUGAUAAGUCUGAGAAAUUAAAGAAGCUGGCAUGUACUUUCUGCAAAAAAAGGAAAAUUAAAUGCGAUAGAGCCUACCCAUGUUCUUCUUGUUUAAAGUAUAAGAAUUCGACUUGUGAAUACGUUGCUGGAACUAAUAAGAGAAUAAGCAAGAAAAGAAUAUUGGAAAAUGAAGUAGAUAUGUUGAAAAGUAAGAUUCUGAAGUUGGAAAAGAAAGAUGAUCCAGUAAUGAAGAAUGGAUCAUAUUCCUCUGAAUUUGUGGAGAAUAAUUCACCGUAUGGGUUGAGACAUAUAAGCAAUGGAUUUCCCACCGGAAUGUAUGGAGAUACCUCAAGCGAAGAGUCUUCUUCAACGUUUGAGUUUCAAUCCAUGGAAUUGAAUUUCUUAAUGCACGAUUCUGCUGAUGAGGAAUUCGAUAUUUUCAAAGAUCAAGAAACUUCAACUUAUUUAAGUGUUAACCCAAGUAGAGCUUAUGGUCCUUUGAGUUGGAGAGGCAUGUGUAAUUUAGAUCCAGCUUUAAAACUUCAUUGGGAUUAUUAUACUCAAGCUAUAACCAAAAUGUUGAAUAAUAAAUCGGCCUCUUAUAUUAAAAAGUUAGAUGAUGAUUUGGCUACAUUCAGGAAGUGUAUAUAUAAAAAUGUCAAUGUAACAGAAUGUUUCAGAGAUCGUGUUAAUUUUGUAAGUUUUUUUCGUGGUGCCAAUACCAAUGAAGAUAAUGCAGCAUUUAUGGAUGAAAUAAAAUGCAUUUUACCUCCUAGAAAAGUUUUGUGGGCUUUGAUAGAUGUGUUCAUCUCAUGUUUCACAUUUUCCCAUCAAAUAAUACAUGAAGAAGAUUUCAGAAGAGAUAUGAGUGAAUUGCUAGGUGGUUCAUAUCGUGAUUUUUCGUCUCCUGACUUGAAUUUUAAAUCUAUAGCAGACACAGCUAAUGCUGGUAUCUUGUUGAUUUGCUUACGAUUCGGUUAUUUAACUUUACAGCCAGUGAUACUGAAAUCAAAAGAAUUGAGUCCCUCUCAUAUACUUUAUGUGGAUUCAGACGUUAAAGAAUAUUUGUUAGCACAUCCGAUUGAGGUGAAUUUUAUCGAGUAUUCAGAAAGUUGUUUGAGUCGAUUCAACCUUUUGGAUCCUUGUUGUUUUGAAGGUUUCUUCCUCUUAGUGUUUUCAUACCUAUAUAAAUGUUUUGGACCAGAACACGGAAUAGAGCCAAAUAAUGUUGAAGUUGGAAACAUGAGAGCUUUUAUUUUACAAGUAGCGUAUUCUAUGGGUCUUAACAGAAACCCUACGACAAAGCAUGGUAUAAUUACUCCUUUUGAUCGAUUGGGCCGACAUAUAUGGAGUCAAUUAGUUUUCGAUGAUAUUUGCACAAGUUUGGGGACUGGUCACACUUUGAUUCAUAAUGCAUACCCUUAUGAUGAGGCCGAUUUCAAAUUUGACCCUUCAUUGUUUCCGAUAACUACCGAUAACAUGUCAUCAGUUGAAUUGAAAAGAUUGAAAGAAGCCCAAGUGUUCAUGAUGUUCAAUCAAUUAAAUAAGAAAGUUCAAGAUAUCACCAAAGAUUUUUUGAUGAAACUUACUGAUCCCACGAGAUCUUUAACAGCUAAACAAGUUUUUAAAUUCUUGGAGAAUCUUGAAAUUGAAUUAAUCAAAUCCAAUGGUAUUCUUGACUAUGCUACUUCAAACUUCAAGAAAGUUGCUGAUCUUUCUGAAGAUUUCUUCAGAUCAUUUGUCUUAAAAGUGGAGAUACUUUUCAAAUUCUCUACUGUUCCUUAUUAUUUCAAACUUUUCAAUAUGUUUGAGAAGAAAGGUGAAUAUGAUCUAGCAUGUUACUGUUUGAAAAAAAUCAUUUCAAAUCAGUUGAUCAAUUACGAUUUGUUUCACGAAGUCGCUAACAAUGAUGAAAUACUUUCCAUAUUAUUGAUUCCUCAAGCUUUAGGGAUCCUUCAUAGAAACCUAUUGGUCAAUUUAUCAAUCAAUGUAAGAUUACAGAUAAUUAAUGAAAGGGAUGAUCUUGUGAAAAUACUUUUCAGUAACAUUUCCAAGAACACCCAACUUCAUUUCGGUUUUAUAGAGAAAUUACUGGAUAAAUAUUACUACGCUUGGUAUAUAAAAAUGAUCGUAGUCUGUGGGUUUGCAACCAGUGAGAGGACUAUCAAAGAGGUCAGAGGUCAAGAAUUGAACUUCAGUCUUGAUUUCCCCAUGUUUAAAGAUGCAAAUUAUCUUCAAAAAGUCAAUGAACUUUAUGAAAAUUCAAACAACGAUCAUAUGAGAUUGUUUUCUAGAUUCAAACCUACCGACGAAAUGAGUAGCAAAACAUCCACUGAAACCAUCAGUACUGCUGCUUCUCCAAACUCAUGCCAAUUCCCUGAUUCAAGUACAUCUUCGCAUCCUUCAUCAACCUUCCCAGAUAACGAACCAAAUCUGCAAAACGAAUUCAGUGACGUUUGGUCCUAUUUGAAUGAGAUUGGUAGUGAUUUUGUGGAUUACAAAGUAGCUGAUGAAUUGUUGAGAGAAAUCAACCUCGAUCCAAAUCUAUAA